GGUAAAACGGCUCCGUCGACGAGGAGGGUUUGAGCGUCUCCGAGAUCCUGCGUCGAGCGAUACCCGAGAGGAGAGACUGACAGUUACGACGGCGUCGACGACGGAAUCGAGGGAAAGCGUGACGGCUCCGGCCGGAGAGGAGCAGCGUCCACGAAAUCGCGGCGAGGACGAGCGCGGCAACGUUGAGGUUAUGGACAACUUCGUCAAGAUCGAGAAGAUAGGGGAGGGAACGUAUGGAGUCGUCUACAAGGCCAAGGACAAGCUCACCGGGAGGCUGGUGGCCCUCAAGAAGAUUCGACUGGAGACGGAAAGAGAAGGCGUCCCAUCUACCGCCAUCCGAGAGAUAUCGUUAUUGAAAGACCUCGCACAUCCAAACAUCAUACAAUUGUUCGAUGUCGUAGACGGUGACAAUCACUUGUAUCUCGUUUUUGAAUUUCUGCAGCAGGAUCUGAAAAAGCUGCUGGACUCCGUUAAAGGAGGUUUAGAGCCAGCACUCGUCAAGAGCUAUCUCUGCCAAUUAAUGAAAGCAAUUUCCUUUUGUCACCUCCGUUGUAUAUUGCACAGAGACUUAAAACCGCAAAAUCUAUUGAUAGACCGAGAGGGUCACAUAAAAUUGGCCGAUUUUGGAUUAGCGAGAAUGAUCGGCGUCCCUGUCCGCACUUACACGCACGAAGUCGUCACGCUUUGGUAUCGAGCACCAGAAGUGCUCCUAGGAACCAAAUUGUACACUUGCGCGCUAGAUAUAUGGAGCCUCGGCUGCAUAUUCGCGGAAAUGGCAACCAGAAGAGCGAUGUUUCCCGGCGACUCCGAGAUAGAUCAAUUGUUUAGGAUAUUUCGCAUGCUCGGCACGCCAGACGAAUCAGUCUGGCCAGGAGUGACGCAGCUUCCGGAUUACACGUCUAAGUUUCCGAAAUGGGAUGCGAAUAAUUUGGACGACAUUUUACCUAGUUUCGACGACGAUGCCAAAGAUUUAAUUUCAAAAAUGCUGACAUACGAUCCAAAUCAGAGGAUAACGGCGAGAAAAGGAAUAUAUCAUCCUUAUUUUAAAGGAGUUAAAUUAAUUCCCCCUCCACUGCCAAAGAAAAAUUGACAUAGUUUUAUGACCGAUUAACGUACUGUAUUUACAUAGGUUUUUAUAUAAAAUUCGAUUAAACGCAAAUUAAUUUUGCAUGGCAAGGCGAUAACUUUAUACUGAGAGUGUGUUCAAUUAUAUAUGAGACAGUAUAUAAUAGACUAAAUAUACAUAAUAAUAC